AUGGACGUCGUGCAGGACGAACUCAAUCGUUCGCCCCCGCUCGCUUUGUCCGUCGUCGUCGCCUCCGUCGUCGUCGGUCUCGUAUUGAACCCAGUCUUCGCCUUCGAUGAUGCUUUUGCAUUUUGUCCUCGUGACGUCCUGUUCCGAGCGCAGAUCCAUCGCGUGUUCACGUCCGUAGCGCACGUCGACGGUCCUCUGAGCGCACUGCUCGCGUGCGCGCUGAGCGUGCGAGUGAUCGCACGGCGAGAGCGAGAGAGAGGGACGCUACGGACGCUGUUCGACGGAGCGACAGUGUUUUGGUUGACAACGGGGUGCGCGACGGUGAUCUCGGUCAUCUUAGGACCGAUCAUGCCGGUGAUUUUGCGUGACAAUUACAUGUUUGGUACCGGGGUCUUCGCGGCGGCGUUCGGGACGUUUGCGAGGGAGUGCGCGCGGUCGAGCGCGAGUGACGUCACGCAGCUCGGAAUCGUCGGCGCGGUGCCGACGAAGCGAGCGCCGGCGGUUGUAGGGUUCGUUGCGCUGCUUCUGGGAGCAAACGCGUUGGAGCUGGCGUCAUGUUUGUACGUUGGGUACGCCUGGGGAAGUGGGGGUGCGUUCGAGUGGGCGAACGUGUCGGACGGGACGCUGGCGGAUUUGGAAAAUGGUUCCUUGCGAUUCAUUGCUCGCGCGCCGGGAUAUGUCGCCGUGAACGGGCAGACGCUUCCGGUGACGACGCGAGACGGCGCUGGGGUGUCGACUGCAUCAUGGUCCACGUUCGCGGGAGGGGUGUUCGCUGCAGCUUCCGCGGCUGCUCGCGAGGUGCGAUCGCGAGUGGUUAGUCAACGGCGAACAGAAGGCGCCGCUGCGAGAACGACUGUGGCUGAAACGAGCGAUCAAUCGUCGGCGAGUGAACAGAGCGGCGAUGAAGACACGAGACCCAAACCAGACACUCGUGAAGAGCGCGCUGCCGCGUUCGCCGCCGCGUUCGAACGAAGAAAGAACGAUAGACAUGGCGAAGGCGAAGGCGACGCCGCUUCGUGA